AUGGCGCAGGCAGGCCAGGCUCAGGAACAGGGCCGGAUGCGCUUUGUCUACGUGACCCGCUUCGGCUCACACCAGUGUGGUGGCGUCCUGGAGCUGGGUGGCCGCCCUGAUCCGGGCCGUAGGUGUCCUGGGCCUGGGGCCUGCCGCCGCCAGGAGGAGCCGCGGGACGCUGGGGCGAAGCCGGGGGUCCUGGGCAGCAGGGGGCAGCACAGCGGCUCCCGGCCCCAGGGCCCCAUGGCUCCCGCCUCCGCCCGCUCCCAGCCGUGGGCGUCAAACGCCAGCACUUGCAGCAGGCCUGGUGCGGCAGCGCAUGCAGGUGGAGCGGCGGGCGGGGCUCAGGGAGGGUGGGGGCGGGGCUCAGGGAGGCGGUGCUGCCGUCGGCUGCCAUCUUGCCCGUCAGGUGUCUCGCGUCGUCGCGCUCUUAGGCCUGCGGUUUGGGCUGCCACGCGGGUGGCUGGCCGGCUAGUCGGUCUCCCGUCCGGCGAUUUAAUCCAGAAGAAUGCAGAUAAUGUAUUUGACUUUCCUGUACAAUUACACAAAGCUUGCAAAAUAAUGAAAAAAGGAAAAAAGGUUUCAGUAUGGAAUAAUGUAUACAAAGACAUUUCUAGAAUGCUUGAAGAAAAUGAAAAAUAUAGACUUAGGCUUAAAUGCCAAAGAUCAUCUAAUGAAAACUCAAAUUACACAACAUGAAUUUUCAUUAUCAUCUUCUGAGCCAAUGGAGCAAGGAAGACUUCCCCUGAAAUGACAUGAACACUAAGUAUUCAUGCUAAAUCUUUUAAUUUUUUUCAUAG